GCUAGAAGGAAAAGUGAAUAGUAAACGCUGUCUGUCUGUCCGGCGUCAGUUCCGGGUUCUGUUUUCAUUACUGCUGUGUUGUCCUCGUCUUAUGUUGUAGGGAAAAAAAUUACUUUCGCCCACUUUCGGCAAUCAUGGCUCUUCUAAUGGAGCACCAGUUCCGGCAACUUCCAGCCGACAAACAAGUGGAAACCCGGGCGUUUCUCGAGGCGGUGUCUCACCUUCCUCCUUUCUUCGAUUGCCUCGGCUCUGCUGUUUUUUCCCCAAUCAAAGCUGAUAUCGCGGGUAACAUCACUAAAAUCAAGGCUGUGUAUGACAGCAAUCCUACCAGGUUUAAAACUCUGCAGCACAUUUUGGAAGCAGAAAAGGAGAUGCAUGGAACCGAGUGGCCAAAAGUAGGAGCAACACUUGCCCUCAUGUGGCUGAAAAGGGGUCUACGCUUUAUCCAGGUUCUUCUCCAGAGUCUAGUGGAUGGGGAUAAAGAUGAAAACAACCCUAACCUCAUCAGAGUCAACGUCACCAAAGCGUAUGAAUUGGCACUGAAGAAGUAUCAUGGCUGGUUUGUCCAGAAGAUCUUUAAAGCAGCACUGUAUGCCGCUCCAUACAGAUCUGAUUUUCUCAAAGCUCUUUCUAAAGGGCGAGAGGUCAAGGAGGAAGAAUGCUUGGACAAAGUGCGGCAGUUCCUAGUAAACUUCACAGCUACUAUUGAUGCCAUCUAUGAAAUGUACACCAAGAAGAAUGCAGAGCUGGACUACACUGUGUGAUCUCACAUUCACACACGAGCAGACUUCAGAUCUCAUCUACUGCUGUCCCACUGGAUCACUGUUGCCUCAUCGGAUCGGUCUUCUCUCUUACUGGAUCCUGCAUCUCCUGCAGUAUACUGUUGUGUUUCCUCUUGGGGGACAAUUAGGGUCCAAGCUGCUGAAGACUUUGUUGGUUUUGGAAGGAGGGAUGUCUGUUCUUGUUUGUUCUGCUCGUGUUGACCAUUUGAAUGCUUUGGCUUUUCUUUAGAAAAGUAGUGUUCUUGAAAAAGGCAGUUUGUGAGUGUUUUAUAACUUUAACCACUAAUCAUUUCUGUUUGAUACAUGCACUUUAAGGAUGUGUAUGGAAUGGUUCUGUAUGUGCUGUAUACUGAAAAUGAGGGUUUUCAUUUAACUUUUUUAAUUAUACCAAAACAAAAGUCUCUAACCAGAUAUCUGACAUUGACUGUACUGCUGUAAGUUUUUACUUUUGGAUUCUACUGUAUUUUAUGAGAAAAAAUACUUGAAUGUGACAAAUAUAAAGAAACCGCUUCCUCAGAAGUGACAACUGAGCCACUGUAUUGAGUGGAUGAAACGGUGAAUAGUAAAAUGUCAUAGACAUUUAAAACAUUUGUCUUUUAAUUAAUUUAUUUCUACAAGGCUUCUUAAGACUCUUAUUAUAUGGAUGACUGAAUCUUCAGAGCCGUAAUUGGUCUGAUGUUUUGUGUAUGUAAUGUAAUGGAUGAGUAUUGUUGAUUUGUAGGUUUUAAUUUGUCAUUCCCAAAGGUUAAUUUCAUUCAAACAAACUGCUUUUCAUAAAUAAAUGUUAAUUUAUGGAAA